AUGACUCGUCGAACGAUCGGUUUAUCGCCGGCCACAACGAAAUCCUACGGACCGGCAGUCUUCUUACAACGCGCGGAUUUCGUUAGCCUACUGCACGAAAACGAGCCUGCUCUUGCUGCCUACAACGCCUCUCCAGUCGUGAAACAUAUUGUGCAUAAAAUAAGAAAGUGCGGUGAAAUGGCGGAAAAAUACGAGCAGAACAGAGAUUUCGUAGCGUUUGUCAAUCUAUUCGCCGAUGAAACACAACCGUUACCGGCAAACUGGCAGGCUAGUGGAAAGAAUCCGACGGUUUUUAUCGAUCACACCGCUCGACGGACCACUUUAAUCGACCCGCGUCUACCUCCUCCUGCAGUAGAACGGAAACGUGGACGUAGUGCACCACCGUCGCGACGACAAAAUUUGGACAAGAAUGGUAAUCUAAUCGACCUGGCUAGUCGCACGGCGGAGAUUGCAAUGCUUGUCGAAGAGCGACUUCCGGACUUAGCGCCGAAAAUACGUAAGAAGUUGCGGCUCAUCGAACGACUUGGGACCGUCGCACUCAAUCAACUUGCUAAUGAUGUCGAUCUAAUCAUGGCAAUCAGUAUUCUCGACUCGGACGAUCCUGUUAUUUCGACUGAAUUCGAAGAGAAAUUGAAUCAUUUCUACACGUCACUCUAUCGUAGCGGUUACGGUAAAGGACCGCAAAAAGUGAAAUUCCAAUUCAGUCGUUCGAAUUUGUUACAAGAUGCCUUCAGUCAGAUUCUGGCCGUUGACUCUCAAGCACUGCGAAGAGCUAAGCUGGCAAUCUCUUUUGAUGAUGAGGAAGGGUUGGAUUACGGUGGUCCGUCACGUGAGCUAUUCUAUCUACUGUCAAGAGAGCUCUUUCACCCGUAUUACGGUCUCUUCGAAUAUUCGGCACCUAAUCAAUAUUCAGUGCAAAUCAGCAAGUACUCGAAUCUCGUGCAACAUGAUCUACAAUGGAUGGAGUUAGCUGGUCGGAUACUUGGCUUAGCGUUAAUUCAUCGAUGCUUGAUUGAUACAUUCUUCACAAGGACAUUUUAUAAGAUGCUACUAGAACUGCCGAUUACGGUGCACGAUUUACAAGAAGUCGAUCCGGAGUUCGGUCGUAGUCUGUUGUGGUUACACGAAAAUCCUAUUGAUUCGUCUUUAGGAAUGACGUUCCUAGUGAACGAAGAGGAGAACGGUCAAGUGAUCGAGAAGGAACUACUUCCGAACGGUGCUGAACUGAAUGUCACCGACGACAACAAGGAGGAAUUCAUUUCGUUGAUGAUUAAAUGGCGAACCGAGCGUGGUAUACAACGCCAAUCUCAGGCACUACUCAGAGGAGUGCAUCAGAUUAUCGAUCGGGAUUUUCUUCGUGUGUUCACGGCCGAUGAGCUGGAGCUGGUGUUGUCUGGAUCACGUGAAAUCGACUUAGAAGACUGGCGAAGAAACACCGAAUAUCGGGGUGGUUACUUUGACGACCACGUGGUCAUAGAAUGGUUUUGGGACCGUGUUGCUCAAAUGUCGAAUGCGGACCGAUUGAAAUUAUUACAGUUUGUCACUGGGACGCCGAGUAUUCCGUUCGAGGGUUUCGCAGUGCUGCGAGGAAGUAACGGACCAAAACGAUUUACAAUUGAGAAAUGGGGUGAAGAGUCAGCGCUGCCAAGAGCGCAUACAUGUUUCAAUCGCCUUGACUUACCGUCGUAUCCGACGCCACAUAUACUACGAGCCAAAUUACACAUUGCCAUCACCGAGGGCAUUAAUUAUGCCAUCGAAUAA